GCAUUUAUGCAAUUUUUGCGUUAGUGGCAUGCUUGAUGUGCAUUUGUGCACAUCUAGAGUUUCAAAUGGUGUAUGAUAACAGUGAUAAUACGAUAAAAUGAAGUGCGUCUGCAGUCCGCUGUCCGGACCGAAAAAUGGUGUCCCGCGUGGGGAAGGGAUGGCGGAUCCGCUUGUAAUUGGUGAUGAUCCUGGGAGGGGGAAUUCACCAUGUGGUCGGUCGAAUGCAAUGUGCGAAGAGAGGUUUCUUCGGAAAUGUCCCGUCGGUCCAUCGGCACCGUUCUUUAAAUUAAACCUCGUCCCUUUUUCCAAAAAUGAACACUUAGUGCAAUAUUUCGAGUAUGGCAGAGGAACGCGUUAAUUUAUCUAGUGAGCCGAGCAUAGACUACCACAUAGUGACACUUUUCGAAAAGUUGGAAGCUUUAAGAAAUGAUAAGCCGAACUCGCAGUUUACUUCAAAAUUGUCAAUUAAAGUCGAGGUCCGCACUUUGGAAUUUUGGAGAUCGGUCAUCUCCGAGUGCAUAGCGUCUUUUGUUUACGUGUUUGUGGUGUGCGGUGCAAAGGCAGGUGCUUUUGACGGAGGUUCGGCAACUACCUCUUUGGGAGUUCUUUCAACAGCACUGGCAGCUGGCUUUGCAAUGAUAUCGUUAACACAGUGCUUCGGACACAUCUCUGGGGCGCACAUAAACCCGGCCGUGAGUCUGGCCAUGGGCAUUACGAAGAAUAUUUCGCUUCUGCGGACGACAAUGUUCAUUGUCGCACAAUGCGGGGGUGCGAUCGCCGGCGCCGCUUUCCUCUACGGCGUAUCCAUUCCGCGAACUCAGGAGGAUCUCCCGAUGUCCCUGCCGAUAAAAGAUGGGCCUUGGGAGAGGUUCGGGAACGAGUUUAUUCUGACUUUCGUGGUGGUUUUGGCCUAUUUCGUCUCAAUGGACGCCCAAAGGAGGUGGAUGGGCAUGUCGGCGAUUACGAUCGGAGCCACGUACUCCGCUUGCUCGUUCGUUUCGCCGAUGCCGCACUUGAACCCAGCGCGUUCGCUGGGGCCGUCCUUUGUUUUGAAAAAAUGGGACAACCACUGGGUUUAUUGGCUGGGGCCCAUAAUUGGCGGCGUGGCAGCUGGGUUAAUCCACGAGUACAUUUUCAACUCGAAGCGCUCGAAACGCCAAAACAGCUCGAGUGACGGCGACUCGUCCAGCAUCCAGUCGGAUGAGGACACUUACGACGACCUCGACAAACCCAAUGCCCCAAAAUACCAGGAAUCGACUUACAACUCCUACAGAGCCGGCGCUCCGAACGGCCCCACCGGUUAUUGUCCGAGUUUGACAUCGGCCAGUCUAUAUUCAACACCUGCCACAAAAUUAGAACGGGUUGAGUCUCUCUACGGAGGGACAAGGUCGCUGUAUUGUAAAUCGCCUCCACUCACUAGAGCCAAUUUAAACCGCUCGCAGUCGGUUUACACGAAAAACAGCGGCGGCCCUCGGGACAUCCUCCCGAAGCCCGGUCCCCUGGUCCCCACGCAGUCGCUACAUUCGAUAAAACUGAACCAACAAACGCACGUUCAUAACCAGAACUUGCAAAAUCAGCUCCAACAGCGCUCCGAAAGCGUGUAUGGGGUGAGGGGAAACCCGCCGGGGAGCCUCUCGCGGCCCGAAACCGAGAAAAGCGCCUAUCCCAGUAAAAAUAGCGCGCCGAAUAGUGAAGAGAGCAAAAAGAACUCGAAGAUAAACAGGCCGGAGUCGAUGUACGGGAUUAUGAGUUUGCAGCGUAGGGGACAGUCGGCCCAGUCGGACGACUCGAGCUACGGGUCCUAUCAUGGACCAGCUCCGAGGAACAACACGUAUCAUUCCAACACUUCGGGUUUCCAGAAUAAGGCCGGAAGCGUGGCGAGUUAUGUGAGCAGGAACGCCGGGUCCGCGGAGGGGAGACCGCCCCCUUCGGCAAACCAGCUCCUCACCACCACAGGAAACCCGACCAAUUCGUACCAUCACCACCAACACUCGCCCUCGUCUCAAUAUUAAUACUGCGAGCAUUGAGAUUACCGUUUGUACAGCAUUUACAAGUUUCGAUGUAUCCAAAGAAUAGCCGAUAGUUUUUUAGAUUAGGCUUACGUGUAAGUAGGUAUAUGUAUUAUGGUUAUACUUUACGAUAGGUACAUAGAAAAGUGUUCUUGUUUAGCCAGUAGUUUAUUUAUAAACAGGACUGAAACCGACAUGUCUCCAAUAAAACGUUUUUGAAAA